AUGUCAUCUCCAUCAUCUUCAAUUAUAUCCACUUCUUUAUCAUCUUCAAUAUCAUCAUCUUCAAUACAUAAUUAUAACAAUAGUAAUAAUAAACGUUAUAUGAACAUAUUGUUAUUACCAUUGGAGUUAUUAGAAAAGAUAUUUAAAUUUUUAGAUCAAAAGACUUUAUGUUCAGCAUCACUUGUAAAUAAAAAAUUUUAUAAAAAAGUAAAUAUAGUAUGGCACACCAUCGACUUAUCAAAAUCCUCUCAUCACUUUACACACUUGCCACAAAAAAUUAAAAAACUAAGCAAUGUAAAAAAAAAUAAAAUAAGAAUUUUAGAAAGUAUAUGUAAUAAUUUAAUUUUAAAUAAUGGUUUUUUAGUACCACCUUUAUCAAAUAAAAAUAUAAUAUUCAAAAAGAAUUAUAAUAGUAAUAGUAGUAGCAAAUUAAUCUCAAACGUAAAUAAUAAUAGUAUCAGUAGCCAAAGUAACAAUAGUAAUAGUUUAAAUAAUAGUAGUACUAAUAUUAACAAUAAUAAUAACAUUAGUAAUAAUAAUAAUAAUAUUAAUAAUAAUAAUAAUAAUAAUAAUAAUAAUAAUAAUAAUAAUAAUAAUAAUAAUAAUAAUAAUAAUAAUAAUAAUAAUAAUAAUAACAACAAUAACAAUAACAAUAGUAAUUGUAUAUAUAAGGAAACAACAUUUUUAGAUGAACACUUUGAUAGUAAUAAUAAUAACAGCGCAGAUAAAACACAAAAUAACCAAGCAUUAAAAUUAGAAAAAGAAAUUGAAAUUAGAAUUGAAAAAAGAAUGGAAUUGUUUUUCAAGGGAUUAUGCAUAAGAUUCCAAAGAAUUGAAGUUUUGGAUUUAUCAGGAUGCACAGAAUUAAAGAUGGACUCAUUGAUGUUGCUAGUCAAAACUUUUUCACAAACUUUAAAGAAAUUGGUUACUCGUAGAUGCAAAUCACCAACUAUUACAGAUGAAAGCUUCUCAGAGAUAUUUGUUUAUUGUAGAAAAUUAACGACAUUAUCAUUGGGUGAAAUGACAUCUAUAGGAGACCACACUAUCGAAAACGUUGUUAAAAACUGCACACAAUUAGAAGCAUUGGGAAUAGGUCGUUGUCAACAAAUUACCGAUCAAUCCAUUUUAUUGAUGGCUCGUAGUGAAUCAUUCACUAAUCGUCUUAGGGUAAUUGGACUCAACCAUCUAUCUCAUCUCAGUGACGACUCUAUAUUAGAGUUGGGUAUGAACUCUAAAAAUUUAAAUAUUUUUAGUGUUUGCAAUUUGACACAACUCACAUCCGACACUCUUUCAAAAAUAUUUUUAAACUGUGCAAUGUUGGGUUCAAUCGAUUUAAGUGGUUGCAUAAAUGCCGAUGAUUCCGUAUUGGACUCUAUAUCGAUCCGAUGUCAUCAACUUUUCCAAUUAAAUAUAUCUAGAAAUUCGAAAAUCACCUCUGCUUCAUUGAAAAGGGUAUCUCAAAACUGUAAACUUCUCCGUAUCUUAUUCAUAAGUAAAACCAUGGUCGAUGAUGAUUGUAUCGUAUCGAUCAUUGACAAUUUAAAUCAUUUAGAAAUUCUUUAUUCCGUUCACUGCUCAAAUUUAACCGAUACCUCAAUUAAAUCAACACUCAAUUUAGGAACUGAAAGAUUAUCAAAUAUGAUUGUCAAUUUUUCUUCAUGUAGAAAUAUUUCAACUUCACUUUUAUCAAUUUUACAAUCUUUAACAAAAUCUUAUGAAAAAGAUAAAUCAAAUAAUAAUGAAGAUGAUUAA